ACAGCGAGAUUACAACAGCCAGAGAGCACAGAGACUGCAAAAAACAAGGGACUCGGUUACAACAAGGAUCAAGAAACAUGGAUUUCCUCCCAAACAUCUCUGCAGGAACUUGGAUCCUUCUUAUUCUUUUCCUGGCUCUCUUAGCUAUUUACGGGAUCUGGCCAUACCGAUUUUUCAAAAAGUAUGGGAUUCCAGGACCUAAACCUUUGCCUUUUAUUGGGACAUUUCUUGAAAAUAAGCAGGGUGUCUUUGAAUUUGACAUGGAAUGUUUCAAGAAAUAUGGAAACAUAUGGGGAUUUUAUGAUGGACGGAAGCCAAUACUUGCUGUGAUGGAUCCUGUAAUCAUAAAAGCAAUCUUAGUCAAAGAGUGUUACACCGUCUUCACCAAUCGAAGGAACUUUGGGUUGAAUGGUCCGCUGAAUUCUGCUGUUUCUAUUGCUGAAGAUGAGCAGUGGAAGAGAAUACGUACAGUCCUGUCACCUACAUUCACUAGUGGGAAACUAAAGAAGAUGUUUCCUCUAAUAAAGCACUAUGGAGACCUUUUAGUGCAGAACAUCCAGAAAAAAAAUGAUAACAAAGAGCCUCUUAACAUGAAGGAUAUAUUUGGAGGAUACAGCAUGGAUAUUGUUCUAAGUACAUCUUUCAGUGUAAAGGUGGAUUCCAUGAACAACCCCAAUGAUCCAUUUGUCACCAAUGCGAAACAGCUUUUCACCUUUUCCUUUCUUAGUCCUCUGUUCUUACUUACCAUUUUGUGCCCAUUCUUGGUUCCUCUUUUGGACAAGAUGAACUUAAGUUUUUUUUCUAUGAGCGUCCUUAAUUUUUUCAUGGAUGCCAUAAAGAAAAUCAAGAAAGAAAGAGAGGAAAGCACUCAGAAGGAUCAAGUGGAUUUCUUGCAGCUAAUGAUUGAUUCCCAAAGUAAAGAAAAUCCUUCAGACGAGGAAAAUCAUGGGUAUAAAGAAUUGUCCGACGCCGAGAUUAUGGCCCAGGGACUAAUCUUCAUCAUUGCUGGAUACGAAACGACAAGCACCACACUCACGUUCCUGGCAUAUAACAUUGCGACGAACCCAGAUGUACAGACAAAACUUCAACAGGAAAUUGAAACGUUUCUGCCUAAUAAGACUCCACCAACAUAUGAUGUUGUGAUGCAGAUGGAAUACCUGGAUAUGGUGAUUAAUGAGACCUUACGACUCUACCCUGCAGCAGGUAGAAUUGAAAGAGUUUGUAAAAAAACUACAGUUAUAAAUGGAGUAACAAUCCCAGGAGGAGUUGUCACUGUAAUCCCAGCUUUUGUUUUGCAUCGAAACCCGGAGAUCUGGCCAGAACCAGAAGAAUUCCGACCAGAGAGGUUCAGUAAAGAAAACAGAGAAAACCAGGACCCAUACGCAUUCCUGCCCUUUGGAGGUGGGCCCCGAAACUGCAUUGGAAUGAGAUUUGCUCUACUAAACAUGAAACUUGCCAUUGUUUCUUUGCUUCAAAACUUCACGUUCCGGACUUGCAGCGAGACUCCUAUCCCGCUAGAAAUUGACACUCGAGGAUUCUUAAAGACUACAAAGCCUGUCAUUUUAAAUCUUGUAUCUAAAGAAGCUAAGAAGUCAGAGGAGUAAACUCUGGAAAAUCAUUAGGGCAGAGGAUGUAGCAGAAACUUAAGUUGCACAUAGACAUGAGAAUGCAAUAAAGAAUCCGUAUUUUUUUAAAGAAUAAA